AUGAGCACUACUCCAGCGCUUCUCCUGUUUCUUGCAAUCGGUAUGGUAAGCAGAGGACAUGGCAGCAGCAAGCACCAUGAGAUCUUUUCUGUAUGUGGUGAGGAUGCUGUUCUUCGAUGCUAUGCCUCAUUCAUCCCAGGAGUCCGGUACCGCUCUGUUGUAUGGUACAAGGUCGGUGAGCCUCCCCAGGUUGAUGCAAAUCCCCAGUUGACUGGUCUAGUGAUGAAAAAGCUGACACCCCAUAACAGCACUGUCCUAAGAUACAAGGGUUUUGUACGAGAUAUGGAGAUGUUGGGGGAUUCACAAAGCCUUGUUUUGCCCAAUGUGACUCUGCAAGAUGCUGGGAGAUACCGUUGCUUUCUCUCUGCUCCCCUUGGCCAUUGGAAUCAGAACGGUGAUGUUCACCUCAGGGUCAAUGCAUGUCCAAAUGAAGAUGUUGAAGAAUCAAAGGACAAUGAUACACUUUACUUAGUGUUGGCCAUCAUUUUACUUUUAGUGGCACUGCUGAUGCUGUAUGUAAGUUAUACAUGUCUAAAAAAUACACUACGGAGCUACAGAGAAAAGUCCAUGAAAGAAACAUGGUUAAAAAGAACCAAUGAAAUAAAAAACUUAGUUGUUAAAUUAGAAUCAAAUGAAGCAGUAUCCAGAAUUCUACCACAGCAAUAUGUGUGAUGGGGUGGCACCUGUUGCCUAAAUGGGUAGAGCUGUUGCCUAAAAGCACAAAGGGCCUGGGUUCGGUUCCUCAGCCAGGUGGUGAGGGUCCUAUCUGUGUGAAGUUUGGACGUUCUCCCUGUGUCUGUGUGGGUUUCCUUCCACAAGUCCGAAGACCUGCAGUCAAGCCAAUAGGAGCCACAAAAAAAAGUGUGUGUGUGUGCCUGGCCUGUGAUAGACUGGUGAUCUGUCCAGGGCGUUUACUGACUUUUGCCCAAUAAUUCAGACCCACCACAGCCCAGACUAGGAUAAAGCGGUGAAAUGAAUGAGCAAUUGAAAUCUUCAGUGAAAUCAAAUACUGUAUUCAUGUUCUAGUUUUGGACUAGAAUUGUGUUUAUUACUUGAUCUGAUUAUCAGAUUAUUAAAAUCAGGACUUGACUCUUUGCUAUUGCAAAGUUAUAUUGCACUAAACCUCCAAUCUUGCACAUUUUGUUUAACUUUAUUUAUUUUUGGCACAGUAAUGCAGCAGGUACUGCUCAUGCCCUCAGACCUGAUCUCUGGUUAAUGUCCUCUGGUCCUGGUACUCCUGGUACUCAUGCCAAGUGUGAGUAGGAGGUGCAAGUGAGUGUAGAAAGUAAUUAGGACCAAAAAAUAUUCCUAUCUUGGAUUCAGUUUUUUUCAGGAUGUGCACUUGACCUUGGACUUAUUUUAAUGACAGAAUUUAAAUAAGCUGAAUUUAUGUUGAUUGUCAGUCCAGUUCUGUUUUACCCCUCAUGUUUUUGGUGUUUUUUGCAUGUUGAUGCUGGUGUGUUGUGUGAAAUGAAAUAAAUUUUAUAAAUAUGA